AUGCAGUGGGCAAGGGUUUUGUUAAAGUGUUUGGGAAAGGAUGGCUCUGAAAACCAUGAUUGGGCACAAUCCUUUGUUGACUUUAUCCAAACGCCGUCACCCGCGCUGAACAAUGAUAUAUAUCGCGAUGUCUUCAUUCGACGAUAUUUUGAACGUCUUUCAGAAGGACUGCCACUGGCGGAGUGCCCAGUUCCUCAAAAAGAGUGUUGGAGUGUUGGGAGUAUGGGCGGUGUUAUUCCUGGAUUGAUGACAGCAUUGUCUUUUGCCAAUAGCCCUGAAAUAUCCAUGGAGGACAUGGUGGCACGCUCGAUUGAAAUCCACAGGAAAACGCACAACAGUGAAAACGUUUCAGAGGCAGUCACAAUCUUGGCACCCUUGGUUGUCAAGUUGUGUCGGAUGCCGAAACGAGAACAAAAGUCUGAAUACAGCGGUGAUCCUUCCGAGUCCAGCUUAGUCCCAGAAGCCAUCGAUCCUCGUCGCAUGCUGAUUCUGGAUGCGGCCAAGUCAUUCCCACUGCCUGCCGUCACAGGGGCAUCCUUACUGCGACGAUACAACAAGGCCCGUGGUCCCGGUAAUAUUCCCAACGACGAAAUGUAUAAGUUGCAUACGAAACGGCGAGAAGGAGUGGUAUUCGAUCCUUCCUUGUACAUGGAUGUCCCCGACUCUAACGUGAUUGGACGCAAAGGAUUCUUAGGAACCGUCUGCUACACGGAGCAUGGAGUGCCUGCCAUUUUGUACUUGGCGUACAAGUAUUUUGAAGAUCCCGCCAAGGCGCUGAAAAUCAAUGCUAAUUUACUAGGAGAUUCCACUAGUCGCGGAUCAUUGCUAGGGUGUGUGUUGGGAGCAGCGCAUGGCACAGAAUGGUGUCAAGAACUGAUCAGUGGCCUACGACAGAAGGACGAGUUUCGACACGAUAUUGAACGGUUCUCGGAGGAAGUUGUAUCGAAAUGA